AUGAAAAUUUCUUUAAUUUUACUAACUUUAUCUCUAUUUUAUUUAAUUGUUCCUACAUGCUAACAAGAAGAAGUAGCUUUUGGUUGGAAUUCUUUUUUGACAUCUCCCAGACAAAAUAAUAACCCUAGAAUAUCCGAAAAGGGAGUUUAGAAUUGGAGCACUCAAUAAUAAAUAAUAAGAAACUAUCCAACAUUAACUUCUUUAUUAGUUUCUGGCUCAAACUUAGACUUAAACUAUGUAAAAAAAAGUUUUUCUUCUCACUUUGGAAGAAGAGGUCCUUCUGUGCAUUUUACAUAUGAAGAGCCAAUAAAGGAAAUCGAAUGGUUUUAUAAUGAAGUAUUUGUGCCUAAAGGAAACGAUCAAAUAGGAACAUAUGCUAUGGCUAUAGGUUUUGCAUAAGGUUAUUUCGGAAUAUAAGUAAAUUCCCAAACUGAAAGAAGAAUCUUGUUUUCGGUCUGGAGUAAUUAAUAUAAUGAUAAUCCAAAUGAAAUUAUGCCUGAUAAUAAGGUAAUUUGUUUGUAAAAAGGAAAUGAUGUUGUAGUUAGAGAAUUCGGAGGAGAAGGGUCUGGUGGCUAAAGUUAUAUGAUUUAUCCUUGGAAAGUUGAUGUUACUUAUAAAUUCUGGUUAAGGGCUUAACCUUAGGCAGAUAAUAAAACUAAUUUUACUGCUUAUUUCUAUGAUCCUGAUACUUUGAAAUGGCUUUUAAUUGCUUCUUUCUAAAGAAAUUAUACUAAUACUUAUAUUAAAAGACCUCAUUCCUUUUUAGAAAAUUUCAGUCCUGAAUAUGGACAUUUGAAGAGAAAAGUCUACUUUGGUAAUUAAUGGGCUAUCCCAAAAAGUUAACCUGGAUAAGUAGCGGUACCUGCUAAAUCUAGAUUUGCAAUAUUUACUACGGAUAGUACUGGUAGUAAUAAAAUGAGAUUAGACUUAAAUGGUGGGAAUGAAGGUAAUUAUUUAUUUUUAGAAAAUUGUGGAUUUAGUUUUGACGGAAGGAAUCUUAUUAAAAGUUAUAAAAUGUAUCAUGAUAAACACUUUAAUAGUCAAAAUAUUGCACCUGAUAAGCCUGAUUAGGAUGUUUAAAAUUUAAAUAAUAAUAAAAAAUUAAGAAAUUUAAUAGAAUGA